AUGAUUGGUAAAGUCUUCAUCUUUUGUUUGCAACCAUCAAUCUGUACCCCUUACUGGCCACCCUCGAAGCAAUAUCUAUCACUUGAACAGAUCAUUGCAAAAAUACCCUUCUUUGGCUAUCAGGCCCAACUUGCCAAUGGCGGAUUAGAAGACAUCAUCCAGUCCAAGGAGGAAAUUCGUCAAUUUUUAAACGCCAUGUAUGGCGGAAGGACAACAGAUGGCAAACCAGCAAUAAGCAUGGAAAAAGGAGUACUGCUUGAGAAACUGCCUGGCGUUCAGCCAACCCCUCUACUCAGUGAUGAAGUAAGCAUCCCACGCUUUCCUCCUCAGAAGGUAUUUUUCAAGAUCUAA